AUGAGUGUUAUUAUAGGCGGUGGAAAAGGUUUUGUUGGACAACGUUUGGUAAAAUUAUUGAGAGAAAAAGGUUUUCAAAAUGUUUGGACUGUAUCAAGAAAAUCUGAUGGAAAAGGAGAUACUAUAACAUGGGAUGAUAUUCGUAAUGGAAAUAUAGCGAAUAUAGUAAAACCAAUAAAAGCAAUUGUAAAUUUGGCUGGUGCACCUUUACUUAGUUUUCAACGAUGGACAGAUGCAUAUAAAAAUGAAGUUGUUCAAAGUCGAGUAGGAACAACAAAAGCAUUUGUUGAUUUUAUUCGAGAUUUAAAAGAUGAUAAGCCAGAUGUCUAUAUAUCAAUGUCUGGUGUUAGUUAUUAUCAACCAGAUUCAGUUAAAGAAUAUACAGAAGCAUCAGAAGGUGGUGAUUAUGAUUUUCUAUCACGAUUAGCAAGAGAUUGGGAACAAGCAUCAGAACCAAUCGAAACAAAAUUUAAUGUUAGAAGAGUUAUUCUUCGUUCUGGAGCAAUACUUGGUUCUACUGGUGGAAUGAUUCGAUCGAUGUAUUGGCCAUUUUUCUUUAGUUUAGGAGGUCCAAUUGGUAAUGGUCAACAACCAUUUCCAUGGAUUCAUCUUGAUGAUGUCUGUUUAUUAAUAAUCUAUGCUAUACAAAAUAAUCAUGUUAAUGGUAUUUUAAAUGCAUGUGCACCACAAUUAAUUACAAAUAAAGAAUUUUCAAAAACAUUUGCUGCUGCAUUUACUCCACCACGUUUAGCUAUUUUUCCAAUGCCUGCAUUUGUUAUGAGAACUCUUCUUGGUCCUGAACGAGCAAUUGUUGCAACAGAUGGUCAAAAAGUGAUUCCACGUGCAACAUUACAAUCUGGUUAUACAUUUAAAUAUCCAACUAUGGAAGAAGCUAGUCAAGAUCUAUCUAAACUAUAUAGUUAA